AUGGUUUUAAGCCUUUAUCCGACCGAUGCGGCCCGUUGGUACUUUGAUGAAAUUGCUGCGCGUGUAGUGGCAAAAUCUGGCAAUGCAUCUGACCGGUUCCAUCUUGGAAAGUUAAUUCUACAGGCACUAAAAGAUGCACCAGACUUCGUUUUGCAGAUCGAUGGAUCAACUGGAGAGAGUGAGACCUGCGGAUCUGUUCUGCGCCGAUCAGUUUGUUGUGCUCUUGCCCUAAAGAAGUUGGGAAUAGAGCAAGGCGUUAACAUUAUCAUCAUGGCCCCAAACCAUUUGGACCUAGCUAUACCUUUUUAUGCGGCUAUGUAUCUAGGUUCGGGCCUUGGCUGUGUUGAUAUGACUUUGAGCAUCAAUGAACUUCGUGAUCAUUUUGAAUGCGAGUCACCAAAAGCGAUAUUCUGUCAGAGUGAUAAGGCAGCAGACGUAAAAGCUGCAUUAAAAAAUGCUAAUUUGGAUAGUCAUAUCAUAACCUUUGACGAUGGUGGUCAAUACAAAAGUCUAUCUCAACUACUACACGGGAUUGACGAAAGCUCUAUCAAAAACUUUGAACCAAGUGAUUUCAAUACGGAAGAGACUGUGGCUUUUCUCUUGCCGACCAGUGGUACCACUGGUUUGUCCAAAGCUGCUGAGAAUACGCAUAAGAACUUCGCCAUAAUUUCUCCCCAUUUAUGGUACUCUUUUGGGAAUUUCCCUACACCAACUCGCCUUUGGUUUCUACCUUCCCCUAUACAAUGGUUAUCGGCAGUUAUCGCUUACCUUCAAUCGCCUAUUAUGAAGAUCACUAGACUACAAUCUUCUUUACCUAUGACAGUGGAGCACGCAUACAAUCUAAUAAAUAAAUACAAGCCUACAGUAACAAUAAUGAAUCCAAAUAUGCUCAUCUCGUUGUUAAAACCGAAUACUCGCCAUCUAUGUGACUUCUCCAGCUUUGAAGUGAUGUUUGUUGGAGGCAGUGCAGUACCGCAAUCACUAGUUGAUACGUUAAAGACCGUCAGCCCAAGCACUCGUAUAUAUAAUUCAUACGGCAUGAGUGAAAUAUCGGGUUUAUGUCUCAUAAACACGCAUAUGGUACCAAAAUCAUGUGGUCAGAUCACAGGAUGUGCCUUAAUAAGGUUGGUCGACCCAUAUACAGAAAAGGAUGUGACUGAUACUGCAAAUGUGCCUGGUGAGUUGUGGUUAAAAGGACCGUCGGUAUUUAAAGGAUAUAGCAAUAACCCAACACUGACGAAAGAAUCAUUUUCUAAAGACGGAUGGUUCAAGUCCGGUGACAUUUUGUACAGAGACGCAAAUUGGAACUUCUUUUUCGUUGAUCGGAUUAAAAUGCUGUUGAAAUAUAAGAACCAUCAGAUAUCGCCUGUGGAAAUAGAAGAGGUAAUUCGACGGCACCCAGCUGUAUUUGAAGUAGCUCUGACGGGCUUACCUCACCCGGAUGACGGAGAGUUACCUAUCGCUUGUAUAGUGAAACAAACAGACUGCGAAGUCACAGAGAAGGAAAUUGAAGAUCUUGUUUCAGAUUCCUUGACAGAUUCCAAGCGGCUUCGCGGUGGUGUGAUUUUUAUGAAAGAACUUCCAUACACAGCAACAUCCAAAAUCAAUAGAGCUAAAUUGAAGAAAAUUGUUUGUGAACAUUUUAAACAGGAAACC